GACAUCUUUGUUGUCGGCGUACGAAAGAGGACACGUUGCCAGUGAAUUUCUGUGUUCAUCUCCGUUAGAGACUAUGCAGAGAACAGACAAGUUCCUUUCUUUACAAAGCUUCCCUUUCAAGCACCCGCGUAGGGACAGGCACAAGCAAUCGCCUUACCGCCGAGAUGUCUUCUUUUCAGGUUGGCUGCUUUUAGCGCUCGUUUCUUUUCAGGGAUCUUUGGGAUUUGAAGAGUCUGGAGUAUUUUCCGCUUCGCCCUCUUGUCUGCAUUUCUGUCCCUGGAACGUCUUUCCUCGUCUCUGUUUCACCGUUGUCUUGCCGCUGACCAGCCCCUCUUUUCUCCGGAUACCUCACUAACUAUUUAGCGUGUCUCCCCAGCCGACGGUUUUUCCCAUUGCUUUCAAGGACUUAGCAGAGAAAUGUUUCGCUCCUUUUUGGCGGUCCAUUGGGAAGCUGGUAAAGAUAAUUUUCCUCCUAUACGAAAGCCUUCCUCUUCGAUGUUGUCAGGCUCACUGUCGCUGAGUCCGUCGCCUCGACGCGGGGUCGACUUGUGAGUAACUAUUGUCGCGUCUGAACUUCUGCUGGUAUGUUUCAAGUUCAAACAGGCUAAUAUGUCGUGAGGCAUCACGUUGAAGUGUGCUGUUGGGAGUUCUGACUUCGAGUGCUCCGCUGCCUCGAAAGGGAAGCCUGGGCAAAGGCUCCGGGACCCGUUUGAGGUUGUCUGGGGCAAACACUCGUCGUACCAGACAUAGGAAACACGCGUUGUAAAAGAUGUCGUUCAUUCUUGAGGAAGGAUCCAGUCCAGAUCCACUCCCAUGUUUGGAACAGGAUAACUGGAUAGGCGAGCGCGAUGAACUCCCAGGGAAGGCGCUCCCGUACGAACAUGCGCAUGUCGCAAAGAAGGAAACACAGCGCCUGCGAACGCAUGUCACUUUCCUGUGGAUCUUCAAUGCGGUGCUCCAGUCAUCGACAAUCGCCAUUGCUGUGUGCGCCUCAACUCUGACCUACCGGGGGCGAAACUCUACGAGCUGGCCGCUUGCCCUCACGCUAGUCAACUACCUGAUUCUCGCCCUCGCCAUCGGAGCAGGGGCCUGGGGCCUGCGCAAAAAGAAUGCCCGAUUGCUCAAGCAGUCUUCGUCCAUAAUGAUCGCUCUUUGUGCCAUCUGCGUGUUCGAGUGGUGCUACGAACUCCUCUUCAUUCUGGUCUUCUCGAGACGCGCGGGAAAGUGGCAAAAGGGUGGCCAGUAUACGGCCGAACAAAUCUGGGAAUUCAACGCGUGGAUAAUCGCGGACGUGGCAGCCGACGUGCUCUCUAUAGGAGUCUGCUUCAUCUCCAGCCACCACACCUGGGAACUCGCGAAGGUGUUUGAAAUGGAAGAGCAGACGGAGGUGCGAAAGAAGAGAAACUCCUGGUGUGGUUAUGGCACCUUCCACCGAGACGUUAACAAGUAGGAUAUUCCGUCGAAUGUUAACCGAAUGUAGAUUGUGUCACACGAUGGUGUUUCGUGACGUUCAUUUCUUCGCCGGAGGCUCAAACAGGUGUUACACUUCGCAGACUGCUUGACUGCAAAUUUGUUACGGCACGUGGAAAGGGACCUGACAGUGUGAACUCGCAAAAUGGCUGUUUUGCUGGACGCCGUUGGGAGCGAAGGACUGUCUAAACGGCUAUAGUUACCGAGCUUGGUGUCUGUAGCGAGAUCGGGAUGAACUCUCGACCAUGCAGGGAGCAUUGUGCAUUUGCGUCAAAAGAAUCUGGCACUUUGUGGAUGACGCUGCAAUUAAAAAAAGUACCUUGUCAGUUUCUCUGUGCGAGUUGCACACAGCCGGAGCCCUUAGAGCAACACAUUACAGGGGGAAACUGUUUCGUGUUUCCAGGUCGCUCACUGUUUCAUUCUGCGAAACUCUCUUGAAGACCAUCUGAAGCGAGAA